AACCCCGGUGCCGCGUCCCCUCACAGGCCCGCGGCCCAGCGCCUCCUCGCUCUGGGACCCUCCGGUCUCUCGGCCUCUUUAGCCACUGUGCUGGUCCUCCUCUAGCGACCUGUCCCCUCCCUCGGCAGCAUGGCACACCUCCUGGGCCACCCCGGCUGCAUGGAGAGCCUGCGGGCCGACCUGAGGGACCUGCAGGCAGCCAUCGCCCAGGUCUUCUCCCGGGCCGGGGCCGCGCGUUUCCCCUCCUGGAAGUUCCCCGACAAAGUGUCCUGUGAGCUGGAUGUGGCCGCGCUGCUGGAGCGGUACCGCUACAGCGAGGACGACGCCGAAUUCACCCAGCACUCCCACGUUGUGCUGCUGGAGCUGGUGAUAGACAGGCUGCUGCUGUUGCUUCAGAGCUUCACCAGCUACACAGAAAACCUGCUCAGCGAGAGAGCCAUCCCCCCUGUGCAGGCAGUGGGACCCUGCAUGUCCGCGGGGCUGACGGUGAGGAGGUACUGGUGCAGCAUGCUGAAACUGGGGGCCUCCUACCAGCAGCUCCUGGCUGAGAAGAAAGCUUGCAAGAAGGAGAUCCCCACACUGCAGUCCACUCCCCAGGCUGGGAAACCUGAGGAGAGGCUGAAACACUGCUUGCCUGACGUUUUGGAGUUAAGAACUUGCACAGAAGCUGCCCAGUCCACUUCUCUGAGCCUGUCAUCGAGUGUCCACACACUGGGCAGCGACGCCUCGGGCAGCUCCCUGCCCAGGGCUGCCCGCAGCGUGGCCAAGCGCAGCUGCAGCAUCCCCACACAGAUGACUGGGUCAUCUCAGAGGCCCUGUGACACCUGCAGCAGUGCCCAGGCCAGCCUCCGCGAGGUCGGCAAAGCCAUCACCAGUGUCUGCCAGAGCCAAAACAUCCCCUCAGCUCUCGGCAGGUUUCAGGAGAUGGUAGAGGAGACCAUGGGGAAAAGGACCCUCUCUGCAAUGGACAUGAGCUACUGGGCCUCGGAGCAGAGCAAGGACCUCUCCCGGAUCAGCAAACACCUCCAAAUGCUGCUGGAGCAGGUCAACCCUCUGAAGUCUGAGCUGGAAGAGUCAGAGAAACAGAAGGACAAGCUGCAGAAACAGGUUGAGGACUUUUCCCGGUUGCUUCAGGCAGAGAAGGAGACCCAGUUGCAGCAGAGGAAGGAGGCUGAGCAGUGCCUGGAAGUAAAGAAGAAAGAGUAUUUAGAGGCUGUAGCCAGGCUGGAGCAGGACAAGGAUGACCUACAGAGAGGAGCUUCUCUGAUGGAAGAACGAUUGUCCGCUUUAAAGGAAGAGCUGGCUGUGAAGCAGGCCGCUGUGCAGGAGCUGGAGGUCACCAAGACUACCUUGCUGGAGGAGAUGAGGACCACGAUGGUGGCCAGAAGCCGGGUGCUGGAGCUGGAGGAGAAGGUGCAGCUGCUCACUGACCAGCGGGAGAGCCUGGGCCAGGAGCUGAGUGCCACCACCACCCAACUGGAGAAGGAGAAGGCCAAAGUGGAGAGCAUGCUGAAGCACCACGAGUCCCUGCAGGCCAAGCAGAGGGCCCUGCUGCAGCAGCUCGACAGCCUGGACCGGGAGCGGGAGGAGCUGCAAGCCAGCCUGGGAGAGGCCGAGGAGGACAAGGCCAGGCUGGCAGAGCAGCUGGAGGAGAGCCGGGAGCAGAGUGGGCAGCAGCUACGGGUGCAGCAGGAGCUGCUGGACAAGCUGCAGCAGGAGAAGCUGAGCCUGGAGCAGUCUGUCUCGGAGCUGCAGGCAAAUGUCUCCAGGCUGGAGGAGCAGGCGCGGGAGCUGCAGGAGCGGGAGAGGCUCCUGGUGUUCUUCCCCGAGCUCCACAUCCCUGCUGAGACGCAGUUUGAGAGCACCGGGAGCUUGACCGAGGACAUGGAGAAGCAGCUACAGGCCAACACCAUCCGGAUGAGCAUGCUGGAGCAGGAGAAUGUGCGGCUCAGGUCUGCGCUGGCCAAGGUGAAGGCGGCUGCUGAGCAGGGCGUGCUGAAGCUCGUCCCACAGACCCAGCUGUGGUCUCAGCUCAGCAGCCAGCGUGGCGGGGAGGCCAGCAGGCAUGACGCAGGGCGGCUGAGCAGCCGAGGCAGUGGGGACAGCACUGGGACGCACGGCUGGGCAGGCGAGGCCCGGCAGCGACUGCCCAGCAGCCAGCGGUCAAAGCUGCUCUCAGCAGAGCACCUGUGCGAGGCCGGACCCUGCCUCCCGCUCCGGGCUGAGGGCCUGGUGCUGAGCCACCCCGAGCUACGAGGGAGAGGCAGAGUGUGUCCCCCAGCCUUUCACCGCGCCGGUUACCACCGCAAAUAAACGCUCGUGAGACUAAGGCAGAAAUGUUCAGCAAGCCCUGCCCCGUGGGACCUCGUUACCUGCUCUUUGUGCACCAUGAAGGCGCCUUCCCUUGGGAAAACCAGCCUCUGCUCGUCCCCUCGAGCCCACGCACAGUGGGCACAGGAAGCCUGGGGAGACAGUUGCCACGGCUCAGCUACCAGCCACCCUCCAGCUGGUGCUUCGCUUUGUUUCCCCACACGACUGCGGCACCGAACGGGUCCAGGCUGUUUCCCCUGUUGUCACUCUGUUGGGCAACGUUGCGGUUUGUGGUGACACCGACGGCAGCAGCACGGAGAGCUGAGCUGGCACGGCCCUUUCUCUUCAAACUCAGCACAGCAGCCCCGGGAGAAGCCCUGCGGCAGGGCCCAGGCUGGCUUUUGGGAUGGACCCGCACGCAGGCAAUGAGCCCUUGGGGGAGGUGCUCCCUGGGCGAGCAGAGCUGCCCCUGCAGAGUCAGCGGAGCGGGGCCGGGGACAUUCCUGGCCGCUGGAGCUCGGCUUGCCCACAGCUAAGCUGCUGCUGGUGUCCCCAGCACUCUGUGCCAUCAGCCCGACAAUACCUGAGCACAGCGCAAGUUACCUCACGCCAGGGACUGUUCUCAAGAGACGACUGGGAUGUGGCCACGCUGCUUUGAAGAGGAAGGCAGAGCUGGGACUGGGGAUGAGGAGUGCGAGCUGCCCGUAGCUCACCGGCACAGCCGCAGCCUGGGAAAGCGGCUCACCCUGUGCUGCCGGCAGCCAUGGGCACCCAGAGGGGCCAGGGCCCACCGAGCCACUGGCACCCACCCUCCCCAAGCACCCUCACCAGCCACGGAGGGCAGCGGGAGCCACACAGCCCCAACACGAGACAUGGCAGCUUGUCCUUGCUCUGUAUUUAAUAGACAGACACGUGCGAUGCUGCAGCCCAGCAGCCUCUGGAAGAGGAGCCAGUCAGGGCUCGGGAUGUUCCCGGCCACCGCGGCACGCCCGUGUUCAGUCAAACGAGCCCUGUGUUUGCUCUCUGCAGCCAACUCGUGCCAUCCGUUCUAAUAAGUUAGUAUAAAUAAAGUGUUCAACCCCCCUGCC